ACAUUAUGAUGUCAUCUUUCAAACUGAACAAUGCAAUCAAAUGAAUUUGAUCUCACAGUAUGUCAUUACAUGUUUUUUUGGGGGGGGGUUCUUUCUGAGGUCCACUCAAGUGAUUGGCUCGGAGUGUGUUUGUAGCUCCAGUUGGGAAGGUAUUUCCUGAUUGGUCGCUGUGAGCACCAUGGGUCACUGUGGAAGCCCACGUACAAGCCUGGUCAUUCAGUGGUGGAAACAGUGCUUGGUUUUCAUCCCACUUACAUGUGGAGGAGGCUUGGAGGAAGCCAAACCUGAAGUUACUACAGGGAUUGCUAUGGCUAUGUUCUUGUUACCACUCAGUUGUCUGCAUCUUCUUUUUCUGCUGCUACACGUAGGUGAUUGCUUUCGGACGGAACCAAAUCUCUGUGAUUCAAGUUGUGCUGGGUCUCCUACCCCCGACUUGUCCUAUCAGAGAGGGGUCAGGUAUACUUACAGGUAUAGCACGACAAUUACUACAACCCUUCAUGGCUCCAGUGCUGGAAGGAAUGGACUGGCUUUGGACUGUGUGGUUGAUAUCGACGUGGUUUCCAAGUGUCACCUAAUGAUGCAGAUCAGGAAUCCACAGAUAAAGCGACUUUCCCCUCAGAAGGAACACUCUGUGCAACGCUUAAAGAGCUUGAGAGAUUCACUGGAGAGAACGCGCCUCAAGUUCUCCCUCCAUGGGGGAAAGGUCACGGCCCUCUGUCUCCAGGAGGGGGAGCAGGUGUGGGCCCUCAACUUUAAAAGGGCUCUACUGAGUAUGCUCCAGACCUCCCGCAUGGCCUCCAAACAGGAAUUAGUAAAAGAGACUGAUGUGUAUGGGACGUGCAGCAGCAAGUAUGAGAGGAGAGGAACUGUACUGCUGAAGAGCAGGGAUCUAAAACAUUGCCAACAGGCCAGACUGGCACACUUCUGGCCCCAUUCAGUAGCUUUAAUUGAAGAUACUUCAGUGCAAUCAGAACUGAACUGUAUUCAGAAGCAUGGAUCUACAGUGAUGGAAGAGGUCAACUGCACUGAAGUUGUUUCUAUGGCAACAUGGUCCGGGACGGCAGGGUUGGUUAAGACAAAAACAGUGUCGACCCUGCUGCUGCUCAGAGCCCAGCCAGGGACCCCCUCAGGAGCAGAUUCCGUAGGUCUUGGUGUUCUGACUGAUCUGCAGUUUGAGGACGAGGGGGCUGCAAGGCCAGGAAAAGCCAGAGCGUCAACACCUCAGCAAGCCAGCCAAACUGUUCGGAUGUUAUGUAGCCUCACCUCAGACCCACAACUGCUAUUGCAAGAGUUCCUUGAACUGGCUUUCCAGCUAAGAGAUCUGACACUUGCUCAAUUGAAGACACUUUGGCAAGAAGCGUCUUUCAAGUGCCUCAACGACUGGCAGCCUCUGUUGGAUGCAUUACCAGCCUGUGGAUCUGAACACUGCAUCGUCCUGCUGACCGACCUGAUGAGGAGCAAAGAGCUGGAGGAGGAGCAGGCUUACGCUUUUUUAACCACCAUGGCCCUCAUCCCUCAUCCAUCGCCACAGAUCAUCGAGUCCAUCAAUGCCUUACUGCAGGUCCAAGAGCUUCGUUCAAAGGCGCUGCUAGCUGGAUCCUCUCUUGUGUAUCAACUGUGCCAAAAGUCUCAAGCCUCCUGUAGUGAACUUCCUCAGGUGCAGUCCUUCAUACAGAUGCUUGAGGAAACCCUGAAGGAGGGCUGCGAGGAAGAACAACCCACUCAAGCUAAGUUUUAUUAUGCACUGAAAUCCGUGGGAAACAUUGGUCUGUCGGUUCCAACCUUUAUUCCAUUGCUAAAAUGCUACAUGCUAAGCCCCUCAACUGCACUUGAGCUGAGACUAGCCGCCAUCCAAGCCUUCAGACGCUUUCCCUGCUCAGCUGAUAGGUCUGUGCUGUUGCAGCUGUACCGCUCCUCCCAGGAGGAUCCCGAGGUCAGAAUCGCUGCAUACCAGCAGCUCAUGCACUGCCCCGACCAGGACGUGUUUGAAGUGGUCAAGACCACGCUGAGGAACGAGACCUCCCGCCAAGUGGGCUCAUAUGUGUGGAGUCACCUGACUAAUGUCCUGAGGAGCGAGGACCCCAUGAAGCAGCCCCUAAUCGAGUCACUGCCUGAUGACAUUAUCAGCAGAGACUUUGAGGCUGAGUUUUUGAAAUACUCUUUUUAUUCAGACUACACUAUUUCAUCAGGCAUGGGGAUUACAAAUGUGGAAACCUCUUUGGUUUUCUCUCCCAAAUCGUUUCUACCAAGAUCUGCCUCUGCCAACCUUACACUGUAUUUACAUGGCAGAGCCCACAACCUUCUGGAAGUGGACCUUCACGUUGAAAACGCUGAACCUCUUUUGAGGAACGUUUUCGGUCAGCAGAACUCAGAUGGAGAGUCCCAGGCUCAAAGUCCAAAGUCGCAGUCCAAAGAGGCAUCAAGGACAAGAAGAAGACCAGAGGAUGGACGUAGUGCAGAAAAAGAAGCGUGUUUAUCUGACACCAGCAGUUAUCUGAGCCAGGCCAGGGCCAUGUUGUUUGGGAGGAGGAGAUCAGAGGAGAACAGGCCCCGGUGCUGGGUCGGUGUGAAGGUGUUUGGCAAUGAGCUCAGUGUGUUCUCAUGUGAAGAUCUCUACAACCAACUGGACCAUCUCUCGCUGAGCGUGGCCGGACUGGCUGUCAAACUGCUCAAGGGUCAGGAAGUCCAGCUGAACCACCGAGCCGUGCUGAUGACAGACGAGCUGGUUUUACCGUCUCUGUCCGGUUUACCCAUCAAACUGGGCAUCAACAUGACCUCCCUCCUGUCGCUGCGUCUGAAGGGCAACAUCAACUACAGGGACACCUCUCACUUCUCCCUGACCGGAUACAUCAAACCAAAUGCCUACGUGGGGCUGUCGGCCAGGAUGGGGGUUGACGGUGCUCUGGGUCAGGCUGCGGUGGACUGGGUCUCUGAGCUGAGGAGCUCCACCAGUCUGGAUGGUAGUGUUCAGCUGCAGGAGGGGCGGGAUGUCCGGGUCACACUGAACACACCGGAGGACGUCAUGGACAUCAUCUCUCUCAGCUCCAGAGUGUUUCAGCUCAGUGGAGACCACAGAGAGGAGAUCAGGGGGCCAAAGAGUCGAGUGCAAAAGACCUCCUGCACCCCAAAGACAUGGUCCAAGAUGGUCGGCUGGCAGCUGUGCUCCAACGCCUCGUACCCAUCGGCUGCCCCAGGGGUUUCACUUCCGGCUCCAGGACCCGUCCACAUCUCCCUCCGCCUGCUGAAGCUUGACCGAGGCCUACAUUAUUAUAUGUUGGAGGCCACCUACUCACUGCGCCCUCAGAGAGGCACCUGGCUGCCCAGAGAGGCCUCCAUCCACUUCCUCCUGGCCACACCUCAGUCCUCCAUCCCCAGGGACAUGUCUCUGGACCUGACCUUCAACCCCCACAGACUGCUGCUGAGGAUCACCCACCCUCUGAAAACCAUCCACAUACAAGGGCAACUUGAACAAGAGAGGAACGUAAAGUCAGGGAAGCUAGAGCUUAUAAUUGAUGGUGUUCACUAUUACGUCAUGGGCUUAGUGGACACUCACACCCUGCUGUCAGAGCAGAGGAUGCGCUAUCACCUUGAAGCCAAAAUGGCCGCUGAUGGACUUCCCAUGGUCCUCUCUGCCAAUGUUACACAUGGACUGGGCAGGAAGACCAGCUUCUCCGCCACUGUGAAGAACGUGUUCAGAGAAACUGCAUCACUGUCGGUGUCCCUGGAGCGCAGGCGGGAUGCCAGCAGCAGGCAGUACUCUGUGGAGGCGGAGCUCUUGUUACCUGGGGUGGUGGGCACCAGGAUGCUGGGUCUGAUGGAGCAGAAGGGCUCAUUGUGGAGCUCCGCGCUCAGGCUCAAAUAUGGUCUAGGAGGUGAUGCCCGGCACCUGCGUCAGGAGUGCUACACGUCUCAGAGACUAAGGAGGGAGAGGGACUCAAACCUCACCUACAUCAUGAGAGCAGAACAGGAAUUCUACUGCUCCAACACGGCUCCCAUCAACCACAAGAUCCACCUCCGCCACGAGGAAAGCGCUGUCCACAUUAAAUCGUCCCUGGACGUGAGCUACGGCAAACACUGGGACGAGAUCAACAACAAACGCACACUUCUACUGAGCCAGUCCUUCAAAAACCAAUCCACACAAAACCACACCAGCUACACACUGGAGUUCAGUCUCCAGGUCCCAGAGAAGAAUCUGAACUACCGGACCCAGCUGAUGCACUAUCACCUGAAACAGCUGGGCUCAGAGAGCAGCACUCACCUCAAAAUCCAUUACAACAACCUGAUGCCUCUGGUGGCCGGAUUACACUGGAAAAGCCCCCCCAAAGGCUCCUCGCUGAGGAAAUGGGAAGGCAGCCUCACCUUGGACUCUCCCUGGCUGUACGUGUUCACCUCCCACAGACUGACCCAGCAGCAGAGCCACUCCCUCCAGCUCACCUCAGAGCUGACCGCCAGCAAGUGGCUGAACAUCCGGACCCUCAUGCUGGAGGCUCUCUACAGGAGCCGGGGCCGGGGGGGGGAGGCCCGCCUGGAGAUCAGCACAGCAGCCGCUCAGUACAUCCAGGCAGGGGGGUGGGCCGUGGUGGGGAAGCGCGGUGUGAAGGCCUCCGGCUCUCUGAGCUCGUUUUGGACCCCCCCCCUGAGAGGAGACGUCUCCCUGGAGGCCUCUAAAUCCAGCCACACCCUGCACAUGACCUCCACCUGCGGCAGGCACAACGCCAGCCUCUCUGCUGCCCUGAACACCGUGGACAAGAAUUUGAAAAAGAGGCAAGCGAUCCUGAAGAUGACCUUCUCGAAGCCGAAGAGUCCGUCCACAGAGCUGGAGUUUGAGGGUGUAGUGGAGGAGCUGAGGAAGGACAAGAAGAUGUAUCAGAAAAGAGUCAUGCUGCAGCUCAGACAGCCCUUCCACACCUUUCCUCAGACUUUCCUCCUACGGGAGACUUUCACCGUCGACCUCCUCAAAGGCCUCUACAUCCUGGAGUCCAAAGCGGGUUUCCAUGGCAACAGAGAGGUCAUCCACACCCUCACCCUCGGCUACAAACCACCGAGCCCUUUUGUUUGUUCUGCACUCGUCCAUCCUUUCGGCUCUGACACUAUUCCAUCAGACUCAGAGGUCUGCGUGACCCUAAACAGCAACCAGACCCAGAGAGACAUACAGGGAAGGUUACGGGUCGGCAGCAAAGAGAGACUGACGUUCUUUGGACAAGUUCAGUUUAACCCUUUGCACUCAACUCACCAAGAGAUAAAAGUCAGAGCCAACUUCUCCCAUCUACUCCAGCUGCAGCUCCCCUCCUCCGCUAUAGUGGAGGGAAAUGUAGGAUGGAACCCCAAAGACAACAGUGACUUUGAUUAUCAGGCUGGAGGGAAACUGAAAAUAGAGCGACAGGAAUGCCAACUUUCUGUACAGCUCAAUGGAACAUCAGGAAGAGUCGGUCUUUAUUCCUCCCUCACCCAUCCUUUCAAAUCAAAGAUACCCAAAACAUUAGAGGUACAGGCCACUGCAGACGUUUCUGCAGUUCGUGGCACAGGAAGUAGCUCCCUACAUGUGAGGGCUGAUGGGAAGGACAGGGUGAAGCUGGACGCCCAGAUGUCCCACUCCAUCCAGAGGGGAAAGAGAGCCAUGGGACUGACUGUGAACGUAUCCCAGAGUCUGCUACCUUCUGCCACCGACCUGCACGUAAACAUGGCUGCCAACAUGUCCUCGGACAGUGUGUCUCUACAUGGCUCCUACACUCAGGGCCAUGAGGCUCUGCUGGCUCAGCUCAAAGGGUCUCUCAAAGACACCGGGGGUCUCCAGCUGGCUGUGUCCGGGGACCUGAGGCACUCCAUGGCCAGCCUCGCUGUGCUGCCUACAGUCCUGGGGCUGGACGGGCUGCUGGGACAGUCUGACACCCUCAUUGAAGGACAGCUGAGAGUACGAGUGAUGGAGACCUUGUACAGCGUGGAGCUCAGACAUCAGGAGGCUCUCAGAGAUAUUUUGGACAGAGAAGAUGAAGAGGGCAUGAUGGGAACAAAAUUUCACAUGGCACGUGAUUGGCUGUGUGUUCGGUCAGGGGCGGAGCAUUUGUGCAUGAAUGCGAGUCGCCGAAUUGGGGAUGGAGGGAUGGGAGAGAUCUACACAAGGCUAUCUCAUUCCUUUGUCUUACUAAAUGCCACAGGUGUACCUGCCAGCAGUGAUGCCCAGCUGAGGUGGGCCCAGGAUGAAGGUCGUUUGUCAGUCUUUGCAGAGCUGCAUGCUGGAGCAGAACAUCUAAAAGCUGAGUUUAAUGGAGGAAAGACUGACCAGCUUACACAACGAUGGGAGUUCUUCUCCAGGCUGCACCAUCACUUCAAAGCCCUGCUGAAGAGAGGUGUAUCAGGCUCCAUACUAGCUAAAGCACAUUACCAGUUAGAAAAAGAAAGUCUGGACACAGGCGUGGUCCUUCACACAGGAGACGAGAGAGUGGUUGAUAUCCUUUUUAAUGUUGUAUCAAAGAACAGCGCAGCUAUAUUGGAAUUGUCUCUAUGGCAACAGAUGAAGAUCCUUCAGGGUGUCAUACCCACCUCUUUACAGAAAUAUGACUUGAAAGAGGUUGUCCCAGUAUUCCAGCAUUUCCAGCUGCACACCAUGAUCAGCAGUAUCAAAUGAACCAAUGAACUGCACAGGGGACUCCAGCGCAGAGCGUCUCUCAGCCCAGUGCUAUGGAAAUGUCUCAGGUUGCCCCGUGGAG